AAGAGGAUGACACCCUGAAAGCUCAGAUAAUGGGAUGUGUUUGAUGAAAUGGGAAAGUAACUAUAACACACGGGCUACAAACUAUAAUCGUCCAAGCAAAAGCACUGAUUAAGGGAUAUUUCAGACCAACAGCCGCUACUGGUGUGAGGAUGGCAAAACCCCAAGAUCAGUUAACGCCUGUCACAUACCCUGCAGCGCUUUGCUGAAAGAUGACAUCACUCAAGCCAUCACCUGUGCAAAGAGGGUUGUCAGUGAACAAGGCAUUAAAGCCUGGGUGGCGUGGAGAAGUCAUUGUCAAAACCGAGAUGUCUCCAAGUAUGUCCGGAACUGUCGCGUUUAACUAUGCAGUUCUAUUCCCUCAGCGUAUUUUGUCUCUUUUUCCACAUUAAACGAGUAGUUGAGUGAAAGUUCAUGCUACCAUUCUUUCAAACAAACGUUUUAGUCUUUCGAACAGGAACAAAAUAUGAUCUUUCUUUUACGAGGCUUACUAUUUACUAAUGUGUUUAUUAUUUGAAAUUAAGCCCACAUUUUUCAAUUUGCUAAAAGAAAUAAUGCUGGUGAAAAUUUAUCCAAAAUUUCAGCUCUCAAAUACAUCUCUAGUGUACAUUCAGUUAUUGAUCAAACAAAUAACCCAGACUUAAUCUUGAAUGCUACAAGUACUCCCUAGUAAAUAAAAAUGUAACAAAAGAUUAUCUUAAAACAAGUUGAUCUUAGGCAAAAUGCCAGCUGUAUACACGUGACAUCUUCAAGUAUUCCGUCAUCUCCAAACAUGGUAAAAAAAACAAAAAAGCAAAAAACACUGUUGAGGAAUAUAACAUUUUUAAAGGAGCUUAGUGGCAAAUGGCUAAAAAUAGAGGCAGCCUGAAUUAAGAAUUUUGCUUCUAUAAAGUGGGACCUUUGGUUUAAAUAUAUCGUUAGAAAUGUUGCUUUAGAAAGAAAUUCACGUUUUACUCAUCAAUCUAUUUUAGCCCUUUAAGGCAUUCUUUUAUGCAUCUUGCUGAUCACGAAGGAAUAUAAAGGAUUAGAUGAGCUGUUGCUGUUCUUUAAUUUUACUGACUUAGAUUCGUGCAUUAUGACUAAAUCCUGAGGCAGACGGGUUUGCAAGUAUUGAAGUAAUUCCUAAUUAACCACCAGUCUGAAAUUAUGCAUGUUGUAAAAAAAAUUAUUAAAUACUUGCAAUGCAAAAAAAAAAAGCAUUCUAACCUAACGACAGAGACAAAAACCUAACAUUCCUAAAUGUAUCACUGAUAACUGUAGAAUCUCUUGAGUACAAUAAAGUUUUUUAAAUUAGGGAAAUUUUGUUUUAUCAAUAUUUUCUUAACAAGUGGGCCAUCAGUUGGACUAACACGUUUUGUUAUUCAUGAUUUUCACUGUAGUCUAAUUUAAUCUGAGUCACAGCUAUUUGCCUUCGAUUGAACAUUUUAUUAUAGUUUUCACUCCAGCAUAAGCUCAUACACAUAAGAUGCCUUUCCCCCCAGUCCUAUACAUUUAUGAGAACUUUCAGGAAAGCGAAAACCUAAUGCUAAAAGUGUUGUUCAAUGGCUUGUUGAGUGUUUUGUACCUUCUCGAGCAUUUCAAAACGGCAUGCCAUGCAUGUAUCAAAUUAUUGUGUGUACGGAGGACUCCCAGAUCAUCAACAGUUCCCUCCGCAGCCUCAAUCUCUUUUAUUAAAAAAAGAAAGAGCCCAGAUAACAUUUACAGAGCACUAAAGGGUGCACAUUUCUAAGAGUUACUGUGGGAAAUAAAAGACAUAACUCUUGACCUAAAACGAGUCAUCUCUAGAGAAACCAUUCUAAAUUCUAAGACCCUAAAAAUCACAUAUUUACUGAAAAGCCUGACACAUUAUUAAGGUGUGCAGUUGUUAGAAAACAAAUUACUCCAUCUAAUGUAGAAUAUGCUCUCGUGUUUAGGCCAUUUUUUAAGAAAUAACUAUACAAAUUAUACACUAACAACUGUAAUCAAAGAGACCUCAGGGAGCAUCAAAGAAGGCACGAUGCUCUGUCCAUAUAUGAAUGUGUUAACAGAGGUUUUUGUGGUAUACUAAACCUUUCUAUAGUUAUAAAAAAAAACGUGCUGGCUAUUCUUGAUUUGUUAACAAGAAAUAUAAAACUAUUUUUCUAAAACGAUCUUUAGGAAGAUGUAAGACGUAAGGGACGGAGUCACCGAAUAUACGCACGUACAAUCAAGACGUGUCUACAGGAAAGAGUGAUGAUCAAAUUCUUAAGCAAAUGCCCUUAGGUUUAAACAUGUAUUACUGCAAAUUCUGUCGACAGUAGAAAGGAACGAGGUGGAUAGGUGAGAGGAGGACAACAUAUGGGAACAUCUGACUGUCGAGAAGUCGUGACAACAAAAUCACUUCCUGAGGAGGGAGGAGUAAAAGGGAAGUGAAGAGGCCACACGGAUCAGGAAGUGACUCGCCCUAAAUUAGCCUCAACUAUGUCUAAAAAUGGGGGGAUGGGGUAAGCCCCAACAGCUAAAGGCGGUAAAAGAACUGCCUCUUGAUAUGUCGCCACAUCACCAUCGUCCGCUCUUAACCGCAGAAGAGAGUCCACAAUCACGAUUUCGGUUAGGCAGUCUCUUCUCUUGCAGGAUGGCCACUGGGCUGUGCCUCAGGCCCAGGAGGAAAAGAAGAGUUGAGGAAUGGGGAACUGGGGCCACCGUGAGGCAAAGGAAAGCCCCUCCAGAGGGAAACGUCCCAGCUGCAGAGUACGCCACCACCGGUCAAGAAGCUUCUUUUUCCUGAGGACAUUGCAAGGGCUCCCCCCGCUGCCGAUCGGGUCCCUGUUCCCUGCCGCAGGAAGAGCUCCCGGCGCCAAAGGGAAGGACAAGAUGGCGGACGGCGACGGCUUGAGUGAAGCAGCGACUGCUGCGGCAUCUCCUCCAGUGACCGCUCCCGGCUUGAGCCCGCCGCUGGGCUGGAGGGAGCGGCUGCGAGCCGGGCUGGCGGGGACUGGGGCCUCGUUGUGGUUCGUGGCGGGACUGGGGCUGCUUUACGCUCUGAGGGUCCCGCUGAGGCUGUGUGAGAAUUUGGCAGCGGUAACAGUAUUCUUAAAUUCUUUGACGCCCAAAUUCUAUGUGGCACUUACAGGGACAUCUUCUUUGAUAUCAGGACUAAUAUUUAUAUUUGAAUGGUGGUACUUCCAUAAGCAUGGCAUAUCUUUUAUUGAGCAAGUAUCUGUAAACCAUUUGCGGCCACUGAUGGGUGGAACAGAAAACAGCAUUUCGGAGCCAGGUUCUCCUUCCAGCGACAGAGAAGGUGAAACCAGCAGACAGAAUUUGUCAGAAUGCAAGGUAUGGAGAAACCCUCUAAAUCUUUUCAGAGGAGCAGAAUACAGAAGAUACACUUGGGUGACUGGUAAAGAACCACUUACAUACUAUGACAUGAAUUUAUCAGCUCAGGACCAUCAGACCUUUUUCACGUGUGACACAGACUUUUUACGUCCUUCAGACAUAGUUAUGCAGAAGGCAUGGAGGGAAAGAAAUCCUCCAGCUCGAAUCAAAGCAGCCUAUCAAGCUUUAGAAUUAAACAAUGACUGUGCCACUGCAUAUGUUCUACUGGCUGAGGAAGAAGCAACAACUAUUGUAGAUGCUGAAAGGUUAUUUAAACAGGCACUCAAGGCAGGAGAAACAAUUUAUAGGCGGUCACAGCAGUGCCAGCACCAAAGUCCUCAGCAUGAAGCUCAACUGAGGAGAGAUACCAAUGUACUGGUGUAUAUUAAAAGAAGGUUGGCAAUGUGUGCAAGAAAAUUAGGAAGAAUAAGAGAAGCAGUAAAAAUAAUGAGAGAUCUGAUGAAAGAAUUUCCUCCUCUUACCAUGUUGAACAUCCAUGAAAAUCUCCUAGAAUCACUUUUAGAAUUACAGGCCUAUGCAGAUGUUCAGGCAGUUCUAGCAAAAUACGAUGAUAUAAGCCUUCCAAAGUCAGCAGCUAUCUGUUACACAGCAGCACUAUUGAAGACAAGGACUGUUUCAGAUAAGUUCUCUCCAGAAAUGGCGUCCAGAAGAGGGUUAAGCACAGCAGAAAUUAAUGCUGUGGAAGCAAUUCAUAGAGCUGUGGAAUUUAAUCCUCAUGUUCCAAAAUAUUUACUAGAGAUGAAAAGUCUAAUUUUACCUCCAGAACAUAUUCUGAAACGGGGCGAUAGUGAAGCAGUUGCCUAUGCUUUCUUUCAUCUUCAGCACUGGAAACGAAUAGAAGGUGCUCUCAGUCUGUUACAGUGUACGUGGGAAGGCACUUUUAGAAUGAUUCCAUACCCAUUAGAGAAAGGCCAUCUAUUUUACCCUUAUCCCAGCUGCACAGAGACUGCUGAUAGAGAGCUAUUACCUACCUUUCAUCAUGUUUCUGUUUACCCAAAGAAGGAGCUUCCUUUUUUCAUCCACUUCACAGCAGGACUGUGUUCUUCUACAGCAAUGAUAGCUCUUCUCACACACCAGUUUCCUGAAAUCAUGGGUGUUUUUGCUAAAGCUGUAAUGAAUUCAAAGAAAAUGCUGAUUCAUUAUAUCCUAAAUAGAAAAGCACUGAGAACCAUAAAGACACUAGCCCUUACUGGCCCUGUGUUAGUAUACAGUGUCUGCCUUACUGACGAGAUCACAGACGCAUCAGAAGAGUCUUUAAGAGGACGAAGCACAAGCUCCCCAGUACUCCUCCAGCACAGUCUAAGAAUGAAUAAUUACAGAUUUUAAAGUGAAAGCUUCUUUUUUGGGCGAAAAUUUACUAAUUUACUGUGAUUCUAGUUGAUGAACAAUAAACAGGCAUUUAUUGAACUAUCUUUUGGUAUUUGUUUAGUUCGUGGUAUUAUAGUGUUAAAAGUAUUCCUGACAGCAAACUUUUACAGCCAUGUUUAAUCCCUGUGGUCUUUACAUGUACAUUUUAACUUCCUAAAAGCUGAAGUAUUUACUGAAAGUACCUACCAAUAUUUGGAAUGCAGUUCCAAGGGCAGGUUCCAUUUAAGAAUUAAUGGGAAAUGAUCACAGUAUGUGCAGUCUCCAGCUUAUAAACACAACAUAUGAUAGCCUCAGCAGUCAACCAGCCAGCCUGCGAGGGAACUGAAGGUUCAAAUUCGACUUCCCCACCACUUAAUAACAUGUGGUCUGUGUUCUAAGAGCAUCAUCAUCACCCAGGAGCUUGUUACACACGCAGAACUACAGGCACCACUCCAGACUGCCUGCAUCUGCAUUUUAACAAGAUUGCCAGGUGAUCUUAUAGUCACAGUUUAAAACCUGAGAAGCCCUGCUCUACUCCACCCCAACAGAGGAAUUUGGAGCGCCUGGGGAGCACCACUUUAUUAAGGUAGAGAGAACAGCGCUGCAGAAUGGUGAAGGGCCAGGCUGCUUUGCUUUGAAUCCCACCCCUGACACUUAACUGGCUGUUCAUCCUCAGGUGAGUUAACCUUUUCUCCUACUCACUGUAAAAUGAGAAUCAUACUACCACAUAGGCUUUUGUGAGGGUUAAAUGAGUUUAAAAUAUGUCACGUGUUUAGAAGCAUGUCUGCCCACAGUAAAACCUAGCUGAACAGUAGUUGUUGCCACCAUCACUGUCAUCAUUACCCCGCAAGUACAGCCAUGGUGGGAAGCCCUACCCUAUUUGUGUUUGGAGGAGCUGUGUUCUAAUUGUAAACUCAAAUGCAUUUUCCCAUAGAAAGUGUAGUAAAAAUGGUGGUUAGGUGUCAUUAAAUUAAUUUUAAAUGCAAAUUUAAAUUUAUUUAUUACUAUACUUCUGGUAUAUUAUGCAAACCACAGAAAGUGGAGAAAUUUUUCAAAUCUAGGCACUGGCAAACCUUGUAGAACACACCUAUUGAUUGGUAAGUUGCAAACUGCCUAUGUUAGGAUUUUUAAGUAAGAUAUUUGAUAGCCAAAUAUAGUAGUAAUCAAUGAAGGACUUUAGAAUACUUAUUCCUUUAUUUAGUAAGGCAAAGCAAUUUAAGAAAAUUUCCUAAAUUUCUUCCAUUGUUACCAUAUCUCUUCCUCAUCUACUAUCUUUUUAUAUUAGCUCACAUGCUAUAGAUACUCAAUUUGAAUUUUUUAAAGUACAUUUGUUACAAAAAUUGAUUUUUUGUGAAGCUAGGCACUAGGAAUUGAUAUCUUUAAUAAUCCUGACUGUACAUCAAAUUUAGGUAAAUGGAAGGGAAUGAACUAGAAUGGGUGGUGGUUUUAGUGCCCCUUCUUUUGCACGGUAUAAAACUAUAUGGAAUAAAGACUUAAUUUGAAAAAGUUAGGGCUUUUUUUUUUUCCUGAUUUUUCUCCUGGCUGAGAUGAAAACCUAACCUGACAUUAGACAUAGAGCAAUGAAGAAAAAAAAGGCAUAAAUCCCUGGAGAUGUGGAAUGUGCUGAUAUCAGAGUUGGUAGUCUCCAAGGCCAGAAUUCCUGAAAAAGGAAAAAUUUAUUUUUAAGUUGUAGGCCACUUUCUCACCUGCUUUGAAGCCUGCUGGGUUAAAUAUGAGAGUUCAAAGUAAGGGUAGCCAGCAAGUGAAAUGAACUGGAAUCUGAUUCUGCUUAUCUGAAAGGAGCUUCUUUAUUUAAGAGCAGCACUGCCCUCUCCUUCGAGAACCAAUCUUCAUCUACUCUGGCCCCUUUUAUUUCUCUCUUGUAAGAAAAGCUUUCUUCUUAGUAAGCCUUGGGAGGGCGUUAUCACAACAGUGAAAAGACUAAAGAUGGUCUGUGGGAUUUCACUAACUUACUGAUGAAUUCAGGUUUGUGGCAUGUGAUUUCAGUGCUUUGAAUUCAGCAGUGUGUUUGAAUAUAAAAUCCCUAGUUGAGUUUUAACUAAAUAGGGUAGCCUUUGCAAAGCUGGCCAAAAAAAUACUUUACUGGUAAAGACAGGAAACACAAAGACUCCCAAAUAAAAUGUUUGUUUCACUGAGGCAAAACUUUGUUGAAAUUUGUUUCACUGAACACACAUAUUGUAGCUGUGCUGAGAUGGGAAUGGGACCUGUUUCCACAUAUUUCUACUAAUCUUUAUGUGGGAAAAUGUGGUUGGACGUGCCAGUGAUGUAUUUCUGAGCAACUCAUAAUUGGCUGGCUCCAGUGUAACUAGGGCCUAACAAUCUACUUAAUUCUUUAAGGACUACAUUAGUCAAGUUGCAUGAUUUCCAAAGAUAUAGAAGGUUAGAUGUUACACUAAUAAGAGACCUCUCUACAAACUGUCUCACUGGGAUUUCUUCAGCCCCUUCCUAAAAAUAGUUAAUAUUUUUCUCCCCAAGUUACAUUUUUAAAAAGAAUAAGCAGAUAAAAUGCCAAAUGUCUUUUUCUGAAUAGUGAUAAAAACUCUUGAGGUGAUUUGAUUUGUCUACUAUUCUCAUCAUUUUUUCCAGGGCAGAGAUCGUUUUCAUAACUAGGGGAGUUGAUAGACAGUUAUAACUAUGUAUUGAUAUCAGUAGAAAAAAAUUCUUUUUAAAGGUUCCUAAUUUUCCAUUUCAUAACCAGUAACAUGAAAUCUGAAAGGUUUUUUAAUACUCUCCAUCUGAUUUCGUUAAUACUAAAAACAUGAUAGUUUAUUAAAUACACAGGAUUUCUGAAUGACCACAUUCAGAAAUUAAACUGAGAAGUAAAAUGUUUCUUUACUUUGUUUGUAAAUAGGUUAUUUUUCAAAGCUGUGAGAUGUCUUUAGUUCCUAAGAAUUGAUAUAAUCUUUGAAACAUUUUGAAUUAUACCUAUAUCCUUGUAAAACAUGGUUCUGUAACCAUGCUAUUCCCAUAGAAAAGUUUCUGAGGUAUUUCCCAGAAACUUUCUUGCUGAUAAAAGGAGUCUGUUGUAUGACAGGUCAAAAUUUUAAAAUGCUGUUAGUUCUGCUGAAUUUUUUAUUUAGGAAGUCUGGCAUAUUCUAAUUUUUAUUUUCUUAAUGAACUGGGAUAUUUAUCCAUUAGAAAAGAUGUUCUUUUCUUCCUAUAACAUAUCAUGUUUCAUCCUUAUUGUUCUCCUUCAAAAAAAACCAUACGGAGACAGUUGUGAAAUUGCUAAUGUUCUUUAUCCAAAUUUUCUGAGUACUGAACUCUUCUUGUCAAAGGAAAACAAAGAAUAAGAGUUAGGACAAUGUACUUUUUAAUGCAUGUUUAUAUCCCUUCCCCAGGUUUAAUUCAGUUUUAGGGUUUAUGGAAAUCACCCUCUUUUCCUAUUAGCAUGUGUCUGUCAAGUACGAAGUUCACAAGCACUCUGCCUGGAUUUAUUUGGCAGUAUAUUUAAGCAUCUUUUCCCCCUCAAAGUGAAAGCGUCAGUGCCAAAGUUAGGAUAUCCUGCCAUUCACUGCUGCUCAUAUAUGUUUUGCUUAAUCAUUAGCAGCACUUGGGGCAGGUGGACUGCAUAGCAAUUUUUAGAAAAACUGUACUUAGAUAUUGAUGUAAAUUACUCAUUCCAAACUCAUUACACUAGUGAUAGUUAAAUUCACAUUAGGAAACCUGAUUUUUUUUUUUUUUAAGAAAAUAUCUUUAUUUUUUGCAGACCCAGCAGAGUCCUCUUAAAUGGAGAGGAUAAUGGAAUACAAAAGAAAAUUAAAAUCUUGAGGAACAGUUUUUAGCUUUUUUUUCUUUAGUGGAAUUUUGCUUCUUCCUCAGCCAACCACACUUCAAGUGCUCAAAAGAACUAAAUUAGUGUGACUAAUUAAUAUAUUAUAUUUAUGAACCAAGAGUAAUGUGAACUUCAGCUAGUUAUUAUCUUUUUUCUUUACGAGUUACAUUCUCAUUUUUCCUUGCCAGAGCCAUUGGAGGACAGACUGUGAUCAUCCAAUAAUACAGAUGGCAAGUUUGAGUUAUUAAAAUUAAGUGAUUUGCUGGAAAUCACACAAUAGACAGCCCUUUAGUCAUGUGACAUAACAUGUCCCUUCACAACUUACAUCAAAACAAGUACAAAAAAAUAAAUUUCAAGCCAACUAUGGUAAUACUAAGGGGAUAACAGAAUGAUGGAGUGGUGACAGUUGUUUUGCUUGAGAUAUUUUCCUACAGGUGAUGAAUUUUUUGGAGAAGAGUUUUAAAUGAAGAGGCCAGUGUGGAUUGUCAGGAAAUAGAAAGGGCACUUAGGUUGCGGAGAUGCUUACUGCAAAGGCUAAGACGUAAGUGGACAAAUAAGCUGCCUGGAGAACUCUUCACAAUAUAAAUCUAUUUGAUGAACUCUGAUGUUUUAAAAUUAAGAAUGCACAUUUGCUUUUCUGCCUUUCAGACUGAUUCACUUUAAUUUUAUUUCUGUUCUGGCUAGUAAGCCACUUAAAGAAAGGAUGCUAUUUGGUCGUGUACAACACAUACUCAGACAACUGUAGAAAUAACUUCAGCCUUUCUAACUGUUUAAAAUACACAGAAAUACUAAAGAAACAGUAGGAACUAGUUUGUAAUGAUUCAGAGGGAAUUUGAAUGACUCUCUGAAAUGGAAAAAACAGUUUUUAUAUAAAGUAUAAAUUUAAAUAUCUUGUUUCAACAUCACCCUUUUUUCAAAAUCAAAGGGUAAGUUUGUGAAGGAUUGUGGGGUAUUUUUUAAAUUUAAGUAUCAUUGAUAUACAAUCUUAUGAACAUUUCACAUGAACAACAUUGCAGUUUCAGCAUUCACCCAUAUUACCAAAUCCUCACCACCUCCACUGCAGUCACUGUCUAUCAGCAUAGUAAGAAGCUAUAGAGUCAUUACUUGUCUUCUCAUUGCUGUACUGCCUUCCCAGUGACCUAUCUAUAUUGUGAUUGCUAAUUAUAGUGCCCCUUAAUUCCCCCUCCCUCCCCACCACCCCUCCCCUCCCCAAUCCCUUCCCUUUGGUAACCACUAGUCCCUUGGAGAGUCUGUGAAUCUGCUGCUGUUUUGUUCCUUCAGUUUUGCUUUUUUUUUAUUAAGGUAUCUUAGAUAUACACUCUUAUGGAGGUUUCACAAGAAAAACAAUGUGGUUAUUACAUUCACCCUUAUUAUCAAGUCUCCCCCAUACCCCAUUACAGUUACUGCCCAUCAGCGUAGUAAGAUGCCACAGAGUCCCUACUUGUCUUCUCUGUGCUACACUGUCUUCCCCCUGACCCCCCACAUACCAUGUGCACCAGUCAUGAUACCCCACAAUCCCCUUCCCCAACCCCUCCCCACCCACCCUCCCCCACUCCUCCCCUUUGGUAACUGCUAGUCCCUUCUUAGAGUCUGUGAGUCUGAUGCUGUUUUGUUUCUUCAGUUUUGCUUUGUUGUUACACUCCACCAAUGAAGGAAAUCAUUUGGUAUUUGUCUUUCUCUGCCUGACUUAUUUCACUGAGCAAAAUACCCUCUAGCUCCAUCCAUGUUGUUGCAAAUGGUAUGAUUUGUUUCUUUCUUAUGGCUGAAUAGUAUUCCAUUGUUUAUAUGUAAACACCUCUUCUUUAUCCAUUCCAUAUUGAUGGACACUCAGGUUGCUUCCAUAUCUUGUCUAUUGUAAAUAGUGCUGCAAUAAACAGGGGUACAUAUGUGUUUUUGAAUCAGGGAUCUUGUUCUUUGAGUAAAUUCCCAAGAGUGGAAUUCCUGGGUCAAAUGGUAUUUCUAUUUUUAGUUUUUUUGGGAACCUCCAUACUGCUUUCCACAAUGUUUGAACUAAUUUACAUUCCCACCAACAGUGUAGGAAGGUUCCACUUUCUUUGCAUCCUCACCAGCAUUUGUUGUUUCUUGUCUGUUGGAUGUUGGCCAUCCUACCUGGUGUAAGGUGAUAUUUCAUUGUGGUUUUAAUCUGCAUUUCCCUAAUAAUUGGUAAUGUGGAGCAUCUUUUCAUGUGCCUGUUGGCCAUCUGAAUUUCUUUGGAGAAAUGUCUCUUCAGGUCCUCUGCUAAGGGGGUAUGUUUAACUGAACAGAAUAAACUUUUGGUAUAAAAUAUCAUAACUUGUGGGUAUUUCUUUUGAAAUGGGAGUGGGAAUUUUUGAAGUGGGAAUUUUGAAUAGCAGAUGUACUUCUAAUAGUUGAACCAAUAGGUAGGAAACCUGGUGUGCUCCUUUAUGCUGAUGAGGCCCCAGUAAGGAUUGAGUGUUAACGGCAUUCUAUCUGAAUUUGAAGGAUAAAUGAAAUUAUCUCUCUGGGUUCUGUAAUAACAUUAAGAUUGCCUUUGGUUCAUCUCAACAGCCAGCUUCAAGAAAAGAAAUUAUUAGGGCUUCUGAUGAUGCUCAGUAAAAUUAAGAGAACUGACAUUCAGAGAAUUCAGACCACAUAAUCACUCUCUGACUUCAUCCUGUAAUUUGAAGCAUUCUGAAAAUGAAAUGUACAUACAUAUAUUUAUAUAUUCAAAGUAUAAUAAAGGGCUAUAUUCCUGUUGAGCACUCUUGCAUAUUACCAAUAGGAUAUCUGGAGAAAGGAGCAGUUUGGGGAAGAAUUUAAGAAGGGAACAUAUUCUCACACUCUUUGUUAGGAACAUGCCAGCUCUUGUUUUCAUCUUUUCAGUAUGCUGGAGUCCCAAUUUCUUUCUGAAGCCAGAGUUCAAGCUUUUACUCCCAGGUAGCAGCAGCUUUACAAUUAAAUUUUAAUCCCUCAGUGUUGUUAGACUUCUAUCUAGAGUAUAGCCACAGCUAUUCUUGGCAGGCAGAUACAUUGCUGUUUUUCCUUUAGUCACGGUGAGAUAGAAGAAUGUUCUUUGGCUGGGGUGUGGAUGAAGGCACUUUACUAAUCUUACACAUAAUUCAUCCUUGGUUGCUGGGGUACUUGAAGUUAAAACUUUGCCCUCUGAUAAAAUUCAGCUGGAUUUUUUUAUUUACUUGACUGUGAUCCCUUUGGGAUUUAGCCCUUAUUGGGAGCCUAGGGAUUCUAAUUCAACUAAGCCCUAGCUGUGUAGGUUUUUCUUAUUAAUUUGCACUCAGUGUGUUGUAGUUAUUUGAAUACCACCUUAAAACAAGAACAACAAUUGUACUAGAACAUGAAGUCCUGGAUUCCCUGAAAAGAUUCUUCUUUUAGUGUUGGCUUGUUGAAUGGAAGGACUCCAAUAGGGCUUAUCUUAAUUUAUUUUUAAAGUUUGGUUUUCAGAGAGCCUCAGCCUUUAAAAAUAUGCAAACUAUUGUUCUACAACAUGCUGUAAUAUGGUAAUGAUUAUUUUGUAACAUGCUCUAACUUUUUGACGUUUGAAUUCAUUGUACUAAGAUGGUAUACUACUAA